AUGCCUAAGUUCACUCCGCGCCAGCGGAAGCAGAAACAUAGGCUCCAACAAUCUACUGCGCCGGUGGACACCAAUAUUGCGGAGCUUGCGCCCGUCUCCAAAGAUGAAAAAGAAGCCCGGAGACAAAAGUUAAGAGAGGAGCUUCGUGAACAACAUUCCAACGUCUCUUCAAAAAAGCAGAAGCGCCUGGAUAAGUAUAUUGAAAACAAACUCAAGAAAGAAGAGAACAUCGAGCUUCUUAAGAAACUAGCCGAAUCAAAAGUCGACACAUCAUCUUUGCAGACAUCUCGAGACUUAGGAGGGAAGCGGAAACGACAAACGGAUGAAUUCUUACCCUCUGGUGCUCCAGUACCCAAAUCCUACGUUCAUGAUCAACCCGAAGACGAGUCUGAUGAUUCUGAUGUCGAUUUCAAGACAAUCGAAACCGAACCAGCCCCGAAACCUGAGAUUAUCCUGGCACCGACCGGAAGUGGACUGAAGCGGCCUCUCGAGAUUGGACCGGAUGGGUUUCCGAUAAUCAAGAAGCGAAAGCGUGCUACCAAGCCGGCACCUACGCCUGUACAAGAACCUUCGUGGGAGGGAUUUGGAUCUGACAAUGAGGAGUCCGAGCAAAAUGACGAAGAAAAUGAUUCCGAUAAGUCUAAUGUCAAAGCUAGUGGUGACUCGGGAGAUGACAAUUCUGAAGACUCCUCUCGGCAGUCUGAAGGCUCCUCGGAUGAAGAGGAAGACUCGGAUGAAGAGGAAGACUCGGAUGAAGAGGAAGACUCGGAUGAAGACGAAUCGGAUGAAGAGCAUGGAGACGCCUCUCGCCGCAUUAAGCCUAGACAGUCAGCUUUCAAAUCUUGGGCUGUCCAACAGAUUAAUGAAGCCGUGGGUUUCAAGCCAACCGAAGGGCCAGUAAUUCAUGAUCAGCAGCAACAAGCAUUUGCGCCGCCUCGAAAGGAACCCAGGAAUACAGUUGAUAUGGAAGACCCUCUUCCUCAAGAACUCCAAGUGACCACGGGCAACCCGUAUCGCAAGGCUUUCAGUGUUUCUGUCGACCGCUCGGAGGAAAUCCAAAAUGUGCGCCUCGGUCUUCCGGUCGUGGGUGAAGAGCAGAAAAUCAUGGAGGCAAUCUACAACAACUCCACAGUGAUUAUUUGGGGUGCUACUGGUAGUGGAAAAACCACACAGCUUCCUCAAUUCUUAUUUGAGGCCGGAUUCGGUCAUCCAGACAGUCCCAAUCCUGGCCUUAUUGGCGUCACUCAGCCCCGUCGAGUCGCCGCUGUGAGUAUGGCGAACCGUGUCGCCCAGGAACUUGGUCAAUACUCCGACCAGGUUUCUUACCAGAUUCGGUUUGAGACAACCGUUUCCAAGAAGACUGCUGUCAAGUUUAUGACGGAUGGUAUUCUUCUGAGAGAGAUUGCAGAUGAUUUCGCUCUCCGCAAAUACUCGAUUCUCAUCAUCGAUGAGGCACACGAACGGAGUGUCAACACCGAUAUUCUUAUCGGAAUGAUCAGCCGUAUUGUGGACCUACGCAAGUCUAUGAGUGAGGAAGAUCCAUCGGUGAAGCCAUUGAAGGUAGUCAUUAUGUCUGCCACACUUCGAAUCUCCGAUUUCACGGAUAAUGCGGCUCUCUUCCGCCAAGGACCUCCCCCUCUGGUCCAAGCCGAAGGUCGCCAAUACCCUGUGACUGUUCAUUUCGCUCGCCGCACUCAUCGUGAUUACGUUGAGGAGGCUUUCCGAAAAGUCUCGCGAGGACACCGUAAACUUCCUCCCGGUGGAAUGCUUGUGUUCCUGACUGGUCAGAAUGAGAUCCGACUUCUGUCAAAGAAAUUGAAGCAGGCAUUCAAGCCAACACAAAGAGCCGACCCAACACAAGCCAAGGUGCAAAUCUCAGCAAAUGAUGCACCCCUUGAGGCAGAAGACUUGGAAUUGGGCGGGACGGAAAUGGACAACGCCGGAGAGGACGAUGAAAGCGACUUGGAAAUCACUGGGUUAGAUGAGCCAGAAGAAGACGAAGAUUUUGACCUUGGCGAAGACGCCAUGGACUCCUCAACGAGGGUCCAUGUCUUGCCCCUAUACUCUCAGCUGCCCACCAAAGAGCAGAUGAAGGUCUUUGAAUCACCGCCAGAGAAUUCACGUCUCAUUAUUCUUGCUACUAACGUUGCCGAGACGUCUCUCACCAUCCCCGGCAUCAAGUACGUCUUCGACUGUGGCCGAUCUAAGGAGAAGCAAUACGACCUAUCCACCGGUGUCCAGAAAUUCCAAAUUGGUUGGAUCAGCAAGGCCAGCGCAAAUCAACGAGCCGGUCGAGCCGGUCGAACUGGGCCGGGUCACUGCUACAGACUUUAUUCUUCUGCAGUUUAUGAGGCCGACUUCGCCGACUACACCGACCCUGAGAUCCUGCGAACCCCCAUUGAAGGGGUUGUUCUCCAGAUGAAGAGCAUGGGCUUACACAACGUGAUCAACUUCCCCUUCCCUACGCCUCCAAGCCGUCAAGGUCUCGCCAAGGCAGAGAAGCUGCUGAAGCACCUUGGCGCCCUUACAACGGACGGGCAGGUCACUCAGAUCGGCCGGCGGCUGUCUACAUAUCCUCUCUCCCCCCGAUUCGGCAAGAUGAUCCACAUCGGCCACCAACACGGCUGCUUGCCCUAUGUCAUCGCCUUAGUUGCUGCCCUGGCUGUCGGCGAUCUCUUCGUUACCGAGAUCCAACUCGAUCCCAACUCGGCCCUGCAAUCUAAACCCAAUAAGGCCACCUCCGACUCCGACUCCGACUCCAGCGAUGAAGAUACGAGGAAGGUCUAUAGCAACGCGGACCGUCUUGAAGACACCCAGCGCGAACAGCGUGCCAAGGACUACGCCCGUGUCCACCGUCUCCUCAGCAAGCACGACGACACCUCUGACGCACUCAAGUACCUUUCAGCCAUUUGUGCUUAUGCCUAUGCUCCUGAUGGCGAAGCCUUCAGCGAACAGAUGUUCCUGCGCGCCAAGGCCUUCAAAGAAGCCUCCCAGCUGCGUCGUCAACUGUCUGACAUUGUCGGCUCCAACAACCCCGGCCUGCUCGGCGACUACAAAGCCAAGCUCCCCGAGCCUUCACCCAAGCAGAUCAAAGCGCUGAAGCAGAUCGUCACCGCCGGCUUCAUUGACAAUGUCGCCAUCCGCGCUGACCUCGCUCCCGUCCCACCGGAGAUGCCCCGCGCCCCGCGCCGCGCCAUCGACGUGCCAUAUUUCACACUUUUCCGCUCUCGUGAAGGCAACGUGCAGGAUGUGGCCGAGCGCGCCGUUUACGUCCAUCCCACCUCAAUCCUGGCCAAGCUUACCCCUAAGGAAAUGCCGCCGUACAUCAUCUACUCGCACCUGCAGCAAUCGUCUGCGUCCAUGAUCGUUGACCAGGCGCCCAAGAUCCGCAUGUUCCCCCUGGUGACCCCGAGCGGCUUGCAGCUUGCGGCGAUUGCGCACGACACCCCGCUCAUCGAGUAUGGCAAGCCCGUAGGCAAGACAGAGCUGCUAGAGGGUAUCCCGCAGCGCCGGGCGUGCUGGGUCAUUCCCGCACUUGUUGGCGAUGCGGGCAGCACGGGUUGGCCGUUGCCGGCAAAAAAGGUAGUGCAGAGAAAAGAUCCAAAGGACGGAUGGGUUAUUGAGAAGUUUGUGGCAUGA